UGGGCACUAGCGCGGUCAUAUGGUGACAUCGACAGGUGUCAAAAUGUCAAAAAAGUGAAACCUGUAAAGUUAUUGUUUAUUUUUUGUUAUAACAAAGGGAAACUAACUAAUUUUCUUAUUUAUUUCAAUCCAAGAAAUGAGUUGGCAGCAUGACGCAAAUCAUGGCUGAAAAGAAGCAAGGUCUCACGUUUGAGAUCGUCUCAGCUAGAAUCUCAGAUGUUUUUGACGAGAAAAAGCAUGUGGUGUACGCACUCCAAGUUCGCUUCAUCUCAGGUAAUGAUGAUAUGAGCCCUUCAGUAGUAGAGCGCCGAUAUACUCACUUCUUGAAUCUUUACAAUGCAUUAAAAAAAGAACAUCCCCAGUUGAUGUCAACUGUGGUGUUUCCAAAGAAGGUUCUCAUUGGUAAUUUUGACAAUGAUCUCAUAUCUACCAGGAGCACUGGAUUUGAGUCCUUGUUGAACCAUAUCUCAACAGAAAGUAGAUUACGGACUUCAAAGUCAUUGUUAGACUUUCUACAAGAUACAGAAUUGAGCAAAGCCAAGGAAUUCAUUAAGAAGGAAGACUAUAUAACAGCAUGUCCUAUUUUGGAGAAUAACUUCAAGUUACUUAAUAAGGACCCAUCUCAAUACUUCAGUCUAUGUCAGGUGAUUCAUAUUCAACUCCCAUCAUUGGGAUCUUGGAAAUAGUAUGAGGUAUUAAGUUGCCUAAAUGAGAGCAAAGUUGUAAAUCAUUUUCAUUUUUAUCUGAGAUAUUCACCGACCGCUCCCCAGCAGUAUUACUGGCGCUCUGCAGAUUGGUAGCCUGCCUAACCUUGCUUCAAGACUUUCCAAAUAGCCUGAAGUGGGCUGACUUGGCCCUCCAUCGAUACGAAGGUGUCAGCGACAGUGAUUUGCUUGAGCUGUAUGUACCAUUGCUGAACGCGUGUAGCAAGAUUUGGUGGCAAAACGGUAGGAAUAAGGAAGAGUUGGAGAAGAGGAUAGAGGAAUUGAGGAAGAAAGGGCAUAGGGUUGAUGGGGAAACGAAUCUGAUGGAGGCUGUUGACUCGGUGGAGAGCAGGAUUUUUGGGGAAGCUAGAUAGUAUGGUCUAUCUAGUGACAUGAACAUUAUAAAGGCAUUGGUUAGAAUAACAUCUGUUAAAGGCUACAUGAUAGAGCAGCACUUCUACAAUAUGAAUAUAACCAUUCUUCCACAACAUUAAUCUUUUUUGAUGAUUUGACAAAUGAUGCAACAUGAUUUUGAGCUUACAAAAUGACAUUAUUUUGUUAGAUGUAGUGCAUAUCUUUUGGUAGGGGAGCAGGCAUAGUAGUCUUAAUUUUUGAAAAAGGAAUUAAAAUAAUUCAUAGAGAAAAGCUGACUGGUGAGGGGAAAUUUUUGUGUAUAUUCGAUCGUCAUCUAACUCUUUUCCUUCUUUGCAGUCCUGCACUCCAAAUGUCGAGGGGGGUAAAUGAGAUCAUAUAAAAAAUUGCUGUUGCCAAAUAAUUUAGACAUACUUGCCAAAUAACUGACUAAAUGAUCUGAAAUUGGACAAUGUACCAAAAUGGACCCAAAUUUCUAAAACAUGCCAGUAACCUCAGGUCUAUAAACUAUUCCUUGGUGUGUGAUGUGAUGAUUAUAAUGAUCUAAAUAGUAGUUAAAUGUAUGUAUAUAUUCUUCGCAAAAAAUAGAACGUACAAUAAAUUUGGAUUUGUAUUUGGGUUUUAGUAUCCACAUACAUUAGAGGAGCAUCUGUGAUAGCACCACACCUUGGUAAGUUCAACCAGCUUACAGUGUACUGAGGCUUUUGUAGCAUAUACAUAUAGAGCAAAACGUAUGUUUCAAAAUCGUUAUUUGCGAACCUUUGCUGCCAAAAAUAGUUUAUAUAGAUUGAAUUCUUCUAAAGGUAUAGAAACCUCGAGUAUUAUCUUUGUCUCGUAACUGUGAUAUCUAUGUUUCCAAAAAUCUAUUCAUGAGUCUUACUAAAAAUAUUGCUGCAUUUUCUAUUCGAUCGGCAAAAGAACAGACGAAUCUCAAAUUACCCAGACUCAUGUCUUGUAUUUUUGCAACUUUUAUUUCUUACAUCAACUAGAAUAUAAGCAAUACAUUCUCAACAUGUCAAUUUCUAUGAUGUAAACAUUUGUUUCUAACCUUAUGCCUGAAUGAAUAGAUAUAUUUGGCGCUGAAAUUAUCUAUAGACAUUAUAAAAAUUAUUUGUUGCCCUCAAACAUAUAAAGAUAUAUUUACUACACUUUUGUAAUAAUCAAAUAGAAAUGUUACUAUAUGAGACGUUUAAAUAUAAAGUAUAUACGCU